AUGACUGGAGCACAGACACAAUCUCGCAGAACCAACUUGGUUCAGGAACGUAAAUAUAAGUGUGCAUACUGUGCCCGUGCCUUCAGCAGGUCGGAGCACAGAAGUAGACACGAGCGAUCCCAUACCAAAGAGAGACCUUUCAAAUGCCUUAAGUGUAGAAGCACCUUUGUACGAAGAGAUCUAUUGCUACGACAUGAUAGGACUGUUCACGCAAAGGAUGGAGGCAUCCCCCUCACCAGUGAAGGAAAGAGAAAACCACAGGCCAAAACAGCAGCGACUGCCCCUGCCCCUCCAGCAAAGAAGACACGGAUUGCCCUUGAACCAGCCACAUUGGAACACUUGGAAAACAACGAUGAUCUUGAACAAGCCGCAGCCCUCAUUACUGAGUUACAUCACGCUGCCUGCAAUGCCAUUCUAGUCCGACAAGAAGAAUCCAUGAUGGAAGAAAAAUUAGCCAUGGUUACCCACCAAGAACUCCCAGUAUUCGACCGUGCUCCAUAUCCAUCUCUCGCCCAUGUCCCUUGGGAAAGUCCAGCCACUCCAAGCGAUUGUGAACCCAUUAUGAGAUCUGCCAGCCAGACUUCUUACUCUAACUGGGAAUCCGAGAACCAACAAGAAUCGGUCACCAGCGCUCAUCUUUCUCCAAGGAACUCUUCUUCAAAGGCAUAUAAUGGCUCUGUCCAAAUCCACAGAUCUGUAUCUCCGUAUCCAUAUCCAACCGGCCAAUACCCGGAAUCCGUACAGUCAUCUGCCAGUGCUUCGGCCUGUUCUCCUCUUGCACCACCUCAAGUCUCAUCGGACGAGGAAAGGACUCAGAUACUCGCCAAUGUCAGAGACAUUGAUAUUGAAGGUACUGUUUCAAACAGCUUCAAGCUUCCAAGUAAAAGUGCCUUGAACCGAUAUCUCUCUGCGUACUUUAAUCUGUUCCACCAUCAUUUCCCGUUCCUACAUCCUGCCACUUUUAGGCCAAGCAGAGUUUCUUCACCGCUACUUCUUGCAGUCCUUUCUAUUGGCGCUCUGUACACCUUUGAAAGGGAACAGGGAUGUAUGCUUCACGUUGCUUCCAAGAUCCUUGCCACGAACUGCCUUAGCCGUGAUCAACGCUUCAGCUCAAGAAAUUGUCCUCUGUGGAAUACUCAAACCACUUUGUUGAACAUGAUCUUCGCUAGCUGGAGUGGCGACGCUUCUGGCUUGGAAUGGGCUUGCUCUGUCAAGGGUCUCCUUGUCAACAUGGUUGCUGGAGGCCGUUAUGAACUUCAACUUAAGAGAGAUCAGCGUGGUUCUGAGAUCCCUUCUGUCGAAGACUGGAUUGAGGAAGAAGGUGCCAAACGAACCUUCUUCUCCGUCUAUAACUUCUUCGGUCUCUUGACUAUGACAUUUAAUCACACUCCUGUGAUUUGCAACAAUGAACUUGAAUCUCUUUCUCUUCCUUGUUCCGAGUCUCUCUGGAACCUUGACUACACGGACGAACAUGCCUGGAGAGAGCAAUACGCUAUCAGCCCAACCCCAUCCUUCAAGGAUGCCCAUAACUGCCUGUUUAAGGGAGAAAUCCCACGAUACAGCGCAUUUGGUGCUAGAAUCAUGAUCAACGCUCUCUUCCUGGAAGUCUGGCAAGUCAAGAGAACUCCCAAAGGACUCAGCAAUCUUGUCGCUGAGUACAAGGAUAAGCUUCAUUCAGCACUCGAAACGUGGCAAAAGUCAGUGGAUUAUUGUACAUCGGAGACGAUGAUCGUGUCCCUGAAUGCUCCGCAAAGAGGGCCUCCUUUGUUGUUCAAUGCUAUGGCGAUGUAUCGAGCUACUUGUGCUAGACUCGAAGUCGACUUCAUGAGCAUUCAAGAGGCUCUCCGGUACCAUGUACCAGAGGAGGUGGCUACUACCAUGAAACCCGCUCGUAACUUGAUUCCUCGUUCACCAGCUAUGACGAAGGUCAUUCAGCUUUGCUUCGAGUGUUUCCAGAUACCUGCUCUCAUGGGUAUUAGGCUCUUUGCUAAAUCAUCGGCGCUGAACUGGAGCCCUGAACAUAUUCUGUUCGGCUUCGAUUUGAUGCUUAUUCUCACUCUGUGGCUUAACCGCCUGGAACAAGAAAGUGCGACAUGCCCCCCAACGAGGGAAGAGGCCGCAAUGCUGGAGAAGAUCCGGGAUCUCUUUGAUGAGGAUUCCGUUGAAUGCGGAUCUAGACUCAGCGUUGCCGUUUCUCGCAUCUGGGGAGGUAUGCUUGCCGAGGUUGUCGUCUGGGGCAUUACUCGUGUUAUUGGCGAGGCCUUCGACCUCCUCUCCCAGACUCUCUACGACGACGACGAGACUGGUUCUAUGACAUCUACCAGCACUACAUCUACCACUCCCGAAGUUUGCUCCCCGGCUGCAGACUACGACGAUAUGGACGUCGCCGUCGAACACUAA